GACAUUUUAAUUCUUAAAACUGAAAAAGCUCACUUUGAAUGUUCUCACAAUGAUUUACCUGUCAGUAUUUUUCCUUCUUUCAGGGAUCCAAACCAGCCAGUUCCUCAAGACACCAAGUUCAUCCACACAAAGCCCAAUCGCUUUGAAGAAGUUGCUUGGUCUAAAUACACCCCCAAAGAGCAACUGUACCUCCACAUCGGCCUCAAGCCGCGUGUCAGAGACCACUACCGCGCCACCAAGAUCUCCUUCUGGCUCCAGCUCGUUCCUCACUUGCAUCAUGUUAAUGAACUCUUGCAGUCUGUUUCCUCCUUCACGCACAGUCCCUCUCCACAAGACGAUACGCCUUAUUCCUACACCAAGCGUCUAUCCAAAGGUUGGCCUCCUAUAAGCACACGUCAUCCAAGUUCGCAAGGGGGAACGCCACAGCCUCCGGAGUCCGCUUUGGGCCAGGACGGAGGGGAAAGUGGAGUUCGGAUCCCAAAUGAGGACUACUCGACUGAACUCUCAGUUACGAUAGCAGUCGGAGCAUCGCUGCUGUUUCUCAAUAUUCUUGCAUUCGCGGCUCUGCUUUAUAAGAAAGACAAAAGACGUCUUGAGCAUAGAAGACCACGUCCGCUGCCUCCCCCUAGAAGAGACAUAACUCCUGCAGAUGUUGCGGCCCACCUGCAGGGGGAGGGGCUGAUGUCAUUACAGGUGAAGCAGCUCGAGUGUGAUGUAGCGUCAGCGGACGAGCGGAACAACGCCCACCACCAUCACACUUUGGACACGCUUGAUGCCCUGGACGGUUUGGACACCCAGGACAUUUACAGCACGCUGGACACUGUGCGGCUCACCUGUCCACCUGAUUAUACCCUGACCUUGCGCCGCUCUCCAGAUGACGUUCCCCUCAUGACCUCCCUGACCCCGGGCUCGCUGCCAGUGACCCCGGGCUCACACCCUGUUACUCCUGCAACACCAAUGACCCCAAUGACACCAGGAUCGGUGGCUGGGAUGAGGAUGGGCCACCCUCACCAGGGAUAUACACACCAUAGCCCGUAUAGUAAUACACACUUGCCCCACACACACAUCUCCACGCACACACACUCCACCACACGUGUAUAACCGCAGCCAGACACUGACAAACACACAGAUCUACAGCUCACAAUCCAACACACGCACACACACAUACACACGCAUAUUCACACACAUGCAUAAAACAGACUGAAAUACCUCUAAUAAUUACCCUGCAGGAUUGUUACAGAUUGAACCACAGAGAGACUUCUUUCAGAAUGAGAAAGCAGACGUGUGUGUGCACGUGUCUGUGUGUUGCAUGUUGGGUAACUGCAGUUAAACUGGGUUCCCCAGAGACACAACUCUGUGCAACCCAAUAUGUCAAGACCUGCUCUGGAUUUUAAAUCAGCUUUUUCUACACCUGAGGAGGAAGAUAAAGGAUGCGCAGGUCAGUUCUGGCUCUCUACUACCACACCUGAGUGACUGUCCUGGGAGCGAGGAUAUCAGAUGCAGAUGUAGAAACGAGUGGAGAAGUACCACACACAGACUGCUGAUGUCAACUUGAACAACCUGUUAAAAUGUGAAUGUAGCAUUUUUUUUUUCCAUUAAAAUAGAUCAAAGGCCCUAUCUGCCAAGGAUCCAACUAAGCUAAGAUGGAAAGAAAAGAAAAGAAAAAAGCAAGGGAUGGUUGUAAAAAAAGAUUUACAAGAGAGGGAUUAAAAAAACUAUAUCAAUAGAAGGAAAAAAAAAUGAUUGUAAGGGAGAUAAAGAUUUUGUUGAGUGAGAUUUGACAGCCAGGAAAGAGGAUAGAGAUAUAAAAAAACAACAUGGAAAGUAUGCCAAGAGACAGAGGUUAGAUUCAGAAGAAGAACGGGCCUCUGAAGCGUUGCCAGACUCCCUGAAGAGUCACUCUAACCAGCGAUGUGUCAAACUCUUGUAAAUAGAAUGGAAAGAUACAGAUAUAUUAUGAUUUAUAGCAUUUACCUGCUACUUGCAUUAAAACAUGACUUAUUUAACCACAUUAUUGCUUUCAUUUCAGAUAUUAAUAUAUUAUUGUAUAGAUGUCCUAAAGCAAGGCUGGUUGUCUUUCCAUCUCACCUGCUGUAGUAUUUACACAGUACGUUGAUAUAAAAGCUACAUUUGCUAUGCAGAAUCAUUUUAGAGAUGUUUUUUUUUUUUACCUAUGUGACCAUAUAGAUACUUGUUCAGCAGCUGAACUAUAGAAUAUUUUCACAUCAUCCUGCCAUUUUUUUCUUUCAACAUUGAUCAAUGAGCUAGUACUGUGUAGAUAAUGCAAUAUUGGUUUGAUGAUUAAGCACCAGCCAAAAAAAAAAAAAAAAAGAAAAAAAACCAUUAACCCUUUGACCCUUUAUCCCGUUGACCCUGAUUGUUCUGACAUGAUUUUCUUUUCUGAACCCCAACUCAUAAUGAGGUUUUUGAAAGACAGACAGAUGGUGAUGAUUAAAGUGGCCCAGAAUUUUACGGAAUGUCUAAAAAACUCAACGAGGCAUUAUUUCUUAAAAAGUAAUUAAAUCUAUGAAACUUCUUCACUUUUUUCAUGUUACAACCACAAACUUUUUAACAAUUAUUUUACAGAGUAGUACAUCAUUGGAAAGUGGAAGAUUUGUCAACUUUUGAUGCAUUUACAGCUGUAAAUCUUUUGUCAUUGUCAGCUUUGCACAAAUAGAAACUUUCUGUUGUUUUAAAGAAUUAGUUUUAUCCAUAUUUCUUUAAAAAAGAGCUCAAAUUUGAUGAACCAUUUGUAACCGUCUGGUUUUAAGUCCACAGAUUCUCAAUUGGAUUUACAUCUGGACUUUGACUGGGUCAUUUUAACGCAUUGAUCUGAUUUGAUGCAAUUAUAUAUUACAUAUCAGCUUACAUAUUGCCAUUGGCUGCAUCUCAGAUCAAUGCCGUCUUUGCACUAUUUCUUGGUUUAGGUGAAGUUUGCACAUUAGAUUUUACUUGAAGGUGCCAGAGUAAAUGUGGAUCUGCAGUUGUUUUUUGAAAGAAAAAUUAAAAUUAAUUCAUAAAUUGUCUUCCAUUUUGCAAUUUUGAACAACUUUGUGUUGAAAUGUUAUAGUAAAGUAUUUUAAAGUUUUUGGUUUUAACAUAAAAAUUUACAAAUGCUUCUGAAAGGCACCGUGCCCUUGAUAUUUACACUUCACGAAGAGCCGCUGUUUUUCCAAGUUGUUCCCCUGAUUAAACUACCUGGUGCUGACAAAAAAUCCUGGCCCUGAUUAAAAAAACUUCUCUAAAAUCAAUUUUUUACAGCUUGAAGUUGGGUUUACUUUCCGCGACCUUGGUUUGGAGCAAGCUUUGAUUAAUGAGGUGAAGAUAAAGUAGCUCUGGAUUAUAAUGAGAGCAACGUAACACUGUAGGAAAACAAGGCUCCAAACAUGCUGCUUCCUAAGCCUUAAUAUCCUCAAACAGGAUCAUUUUUUUAAAUUAAAAAUGUUGAAUUAAAAAACCUAUCUCUGAAAUUCUGACCAUCAUCUUGUGGACAUAUUGACAAUACUGAGGUUUUUGUUGUUGACUUCACUGUGAGUGUAGGAGGGCUUUAUGGUUGUUACUGGUCUUAGUCAUUAGCAAUAGAGAUCAAGCAUUUCUCAAAUCCAUUACAAACAAUUUCCAUGCAUAAGUAAAGUAUUUAACAUAAAGAGCUCCCAUGGAGACCACAUAAAAGGCUUUUGCUGUGCUCCAGUUAACCAAAAUGAUCAUAGGACCCGUAAUGACUUCAAAUCCAGUAACUCAACCAAGUGCCCAAGCAAAAGAUUUGCAGCAUUUAUGUAUUAUUCUGCAUUUGUUUCCCAGCCCUUUUCCUUCAUCCAACUUUAGUCUGGUCCUUCCAUCCCUUCUCCUUCCCAGCCUUAACAUGUGUGACCACAAGCAGCUUUGUCACAUUGAGACCUAUAUAAUCUCUGCUCAUCCUAAGUAACUUCCUCAUCAGUUUUCCUCAGAGUUUUUUUAGUCACUUGUUAACCGAAUAUGUGAAAAAUUUAAAAUUGCUGAAAACUUUGUGGCGAACAAAAAACUUUUUCAAAACGAUACAAAAACAAUAUUUAAAGGAUGUUUGGAUGAAUAUCUGUUUCUUCUUAUGGGUUUGCCGUCUCAGCAGACGGAUGGCGUGUGACGAGCCUAAAACAUUUCUGCUGCAUUUUUGAAAAAUAAAAAUAUCAGUAUUUUACAA